UCUUCCGGUUGACACACUUGUCAAAGCUUGACCUCUCGUACAAUGACUUCACCACAAAACUGUGCCGCUAUCUUGCUCGCAAACAAUAGACUAACCGGAGUCCUUCCAACCUACAUCUGCAAUGCAUUUCUCAGUGCUCUCGACUUGUCUUACAAUAACAUCAGUGGUAGCAUCCCUCCUUGCCUGUUCAACGCAAGUUUUAGGAUCGGAGUGCUCAAUCUUAGGGGAAACAAAAUCAGUGGUGUUAUCCCUAGUCAAUUUUCUCGUGACUGUGACCUACAAACCUUUGAUGUUAGUAACAACAACUUAGUCGGUAAGGUUCCUAAGUCUCUGGCGAAUUGUGUGAACUUAGUGGUAGUGAAUGUUGGAAACAACAACCUCGAGGGUAGUUUCCCUUGCAUGCUCCCGUUGAGCUUGCGCAUCCUUCUUUUGCGCUCCAACAGAUUCCAUGGAGACUUGCAUUGUCGGAAGAGUUGGCCGAAUCUUCAAAUUUUGGAUAUAUCUUCAAAUGAUUUCAGUGGUCGUCUGAAUGUGCUAAACUUCUUAAGUUUGAGAGGAAUGAUGCUACAGAGUCGAACACAUGCCAGACUCAACCAUUCUAACUCCAAAUUUUUAGGUGACGGUAGUUACUACCAAAAUGACGUGACAUUAACCGUCAAAGGGAUUGAGGUGAAGCUUGUGAAGAUUUGGCCUGACUUUACAUGCAUUGAUUUGUCUUCCAAUCAUUUUGAAGGAGAAAUACCAGAUGCAAUUGGCAAUCUUAGCUUACUCUAUCUUCUCAACUUAUCCCACAACUCUCUCACUGAUGCAAUCCCGAGAUCAUUGGGUGCCUUGACAGAGCUUGGGUCGCUCGACCUCUCUGACAACAAGCUCACCGGGAGAAUACCAGAUGAGCUCACAAAACUCACAUUUCUUUCAAUCUUGAAUGUGUCUUACAAUGAUCUGAAAGGGAUGAUUCCAACUGGUCGUCAGUUUCAAACAUUUACGGCAGAUUCAUAUGUAGGAAACUCGGGGUUAUCUGGUUUCCCACUCAACGGAAGUUUCAACAACCGUCGACCACCUGCUCCAUCUCCAUCAGAGGAUUCAGAAUCAAAAGAUGAGGAGAUUGAGUGGGAAUAUGUGUUUGUUGCGUCUGGUUAUGUUGUGGGAUUAGGAUGUGUCGCGUGGACACUGUUAUGUUGCAGAAGGUUGAGAGAAAGAUACUUUGAGAAGAUAGAAGAGAUAGCUGACAAGAUAUUCUACGAGAGAGGAAGGAGAAGAAGACAUAAAAGAAGAAUAAGACUAAGAGAAGAGAGGAGGAAUGGGCUUAGGAGACAUCAUCAUCGUCAGUGAGGUUGAUUAUGGUUUGUGAUUUAAUUAGCAUAUGGUGUGUUGUGACUUUCCUUUGUGGGGUCUUAACUUCUAUUGUAAUCGUUCUGAUUGUGUGAAGCAAUAGCUUCUAUUGUAAUCGUUCUGCUUGAAUUAUCUAUUACUAUAUGUUUAGACACUAAACAAUGAUUUUGGCCAAUUUGGGCUUGAGA